UCGUUAGAAACGGACGUAAUGUCGGACGUAAUAUCAAAUCUAAAAAUCAUAAUAAAUAAAAAAAAGUUGUCGCAAUAUUAUAUACAAUUAUUGAAUUUUGAAGCAAAAUGCAGGUUUUGCGAAAAGAAAUAUUGUUACGUUACAAACAAAACUUUCAAUAUGCAUAUAAGAAGAAUGCAUGAACAAGUAUUUAAGUAUGAAGAAAAAGGACAAGAUUGGCCGUGGAGAUAUUUCAAGUAUAUAACCGAAUUAUUAUUACAAUGUGUCAUCUGUGGUACAUAUAUUCUGUUUAACAAUCAGUCCGAACCUUUAAUAUAUCACUUAAGCUCGCAUUCUAAGAAACAAUUGGAAGAUCAUACAUUUAGCAGUUGGCCAUGGAAAUAUUGUAUAAAAUGUGGUGAUUUUGAGAUAAAGUGUAUUAUUUGUCACAAAAAUUUAUCUCUUGUUAUUGAACGAAAAUUGGAUCGUCAUAUGAAAAUUGCACAUCCGGGUAUGUUGGAAAAUACGGAAGAAACAUACGAAAUAGCUGGUUCAUCAGAAGACGAAUUAUCACUUGAAAUGGACACAAAGUCUCUUUCACUAAAUGUCGCAAAUAAAAAGCGGCUGUGGAAAUAUUUUAUAAAAUUGCCAAAUUUUAAAGCAAAAUGCAGGUUUUGCGAAAGAAAAUAUUGUUAUAUCAGCUUGGCAAACUUUGUUGCGCAUAUAAAAAGAAUGCAUGAACAUAUAUUUAAUCAUGAAGAAAAGAGAAUACAACAAAAAUGGUCGUGGAAAUAUUUCAAGUAUUUCAAUAAAGAAUUUUUGCAAUGUAUUAUCUGUAAUGGAUAUGUUCUGUCUGGCAAUAAGACUGACCUUUUAGUACAUCACUUAAGCACGCAUUCUAACAAACAAUUGGAGGAUUAUAAAUUUAAUACUUGGCCAUGGAAAUAUUGUAAAAAAUGUGGUGAUUAUGAGAUAGAGUGUAGUAUUUGUUAUAAAGUCUUAUCUCCUGCUAUUGAACAGAAUUUGAAUUGUCAUAUAAAACUAAAACAUUCGGAGAUUUUUGGAAUUACGCAAGAAACAAGCAACACAAUAGAACAACGCGUUCUUUCACCUGAAAUAAAUACAAUGUCUAUGUCAUUAAAUAUCGCAACUAAAGAGCGGCUGUGGCUGUAUUAUAUAAUAUUAUCAGAUUUUAAAAUAAAAUGCAGAUCUUGCAAAAAUAAAUAUUGUUACAUCAACAUUACACAUUUUCGUGUACACCUAAAGAAAAAGCAUAAAAAAGUUUUUAAAUACGAAGAAAAGAAAAAAUUAAAAGAAUGGCUGUGGAGAUAUUUCAAAUAUUUCAACAAAUUAUUCUUACAAUGUAUUAUCUGUAGUGUAAAUGUUCAGUCUAAAUUUGAAUCUUUGGUUAAUCACUUACGUUCGCAUUCUAAGAAACAACUGAAAGAUCAUGUAUCACAUAGUUGGCUACGGAAAUAUUGUAUAAAAAGUGGUGACUUUGAGAUGAAAUGUAGUAUUUGUCGCAAAAACUUAUCUUCCUCUAUUGAACGGAAUUUGAAUUAUCAUUUAAAAAUCAAACAUCUGGACAUUUUGGAAAAAACGCAAGAAACAUGCGACACAAUUGGUUCGUCAGAACGCGUUCUCUCACUUGUAACGGACACGAUGUCUAUGCCAUCGAAUACCACAAGAAAAAGUGAGCUGUGGCAAAAUUACACAAAAUUACUCGAUUUUCAAUUAAAAUGCGGGAUAUGCAAAUUAAGAUAUUGUUACUUCUUUAUUAUGGAAUUCAAUCAACAUGUAAAAAAAAUACAUGAAAAAAUUUAUAAAUACGAGAACGAUAAAUACAGAGAACGACAAAGCAAGCCAUGGAUAUAUUUCAAAUAUUUCAACGAAUUACACUCACAAUGUAUUAUUUGUGGUGUAACUGUUCCGUCUAAUUCUAACUCUUUAGUAAAGCACUUACGCUUGCAUUUUAGUAGCACACUGGAUAAUUAUAAGUACCGUGGAUGGCCUUGGAAAUAUUUUACAAAAUGUGAUGAUUUUGAGGUAGAGUGUAGUAUUUGUUUCAGUAACUUACCUUCUUAUACUAUGUCGAGUAUAAGCCAUCAUAUGAAAAAUAUACAUCCAGACAUGUUUGCAAAUACGAUAAAAACGUGAGAUACAACUGGAUCAUUAGGAAGCCAAUCAAACUAAAGAAAAAACGGUUUAUCCAGAGUUUGAUAAUGAUGGAAAUGAUGGAAAUGAUGGUAACGGCGUUCAAGUAACAUCAAGAUCAACAAUAACGGCAGUCUUGACUUUGAUGAUUUGAAUAAUCUAAAAUAUAUGAGAAGAAUGAUAUACCUCUGAUGUAUAAAUUUAUGUUUUAUAAGAAACAAAGCUACAUUUUAUAUUUAUAAACU